AUGGAUACUUGGAGACCAAAAACCAAUCUUGUGGCUGUCCUAGAGACCGCUAAAGCUAGAGUUAGUGAGAUGGAGCGUCAAGUCCCAAGACCAGGUUUCAAGGAACUUCUAGUUCGGGACCACGCUGUUGCUGCUAAUCCUAUGGACUAGAAGAUCCAAGAUUAUGACCUCCUUGAUAGAAAGUACCCAAAUGUUGUGGUUGCUGGUGGGGACGGCGUUACACUCUUCAAAGUCGGCGAUCGUGUCAGUGACUUUGCAGCUGUCAUAUAUAUCCCAGUUACGAUGACAUUUGAAGAAGGCUCGGCUUCUCCUAUGGCCUCGGUUAUAGCUGCCAUUGAUCUUUUUGUUAUUUAA